AUGACAGCUUACAUACCGACACCAGAGGCCGGGAAAAUCAUCCCUCCAAUGACUGUCACUUCCAAUCUCAUAAACCUCCCCCUCGAGACCAAACACAUCAUCUUCCGCUUCGUCUUCGAAGGCAGCGCGCGCUGGAUUGAUCGAGCAGAAGGCUCACAGACCAACCACAAAGCGAAUUACCAUGGUCUCGGCCUCCUCCUCUCCAGCAGACAGCUCUACACCGAGGCCAUACCUCUCUUCUUUCGCACAUGCUCCAUCAGCCUGAGUAGUCUACCCGAGCACCUACCCUCACCAGCAACAACCAGCAACAGAUAUCAACAGACUGUCUUGCCAUUCAUCCAGCAUAUCGACCUACACAUCAACGGCUUCUACUGCGAUCAAGAAGUCACUGCUCAACUAGCAGCCAUGCCUAGUAUCAAAACCGCUACCUGGAUCGGCGCAUUCCUCUGCGGUCCCAGCUGCCUAAGUCUGAACGGAGCAGCAAAUCUGGACAUGGAUCUCAUGCCAACAUCCGGCGGCUGA